AUGAGCAACAUGAUUGAAAUUGGCAAUCUUCUCGGAACCACAGAGUCGGCGGAGGCCGACUCUGGCGCCACCACAGUGGAGAUCACAAUGGUGGAAGCUUUUGGGGACACUAUGUAUUCCACACAGGGUGGGAAUGAGCCAGGACUAAAGAGAUGUGACUGUGAGGGAACAGAGGAAGAGACUCUGGAUGUGAGACCUCCAGCAGACCAGACUGAUGUGCCAGCCCCACCUCUGCACCCUCAGCAUCUGCUCCCCCAGCCUCUGCUCCCCCAGCCUCUGCUCCCCCAGCCUCUGCUCCCCCAGCCUCUGCUCCCCCAGCCUCUGCUCCCCCAGCCUCUGCUCCCCCAACCUCUGCUCCCCAAGCCUCUGCUCAGCCAGCCUCUGCUCAGCCAGCCUCUGCUCAGCCAGCCUCUGCUCAGCCAGCCUCUGCUCAGCCAGCCUCAGCGGAUCACUGUCCCUGAAGAGAAGACCCACUUUCCUCAAGUCCAGGCUGCUGUGGUUCUCCAGCCUCAGUGGGCCGUGGGAGAGCCGUGUCAGGCCGUGUGGUCUGAGGAUGGGAACAUCUAUGCCGCCACCAUCCUGAAGCUGGAGGGGGAGCGCUGCAGAGUCCUGUUUGACAGCUACGGCAACGAGGACGAGGUGGAUGUGAGCAGCCUGAAGCCCCGGGAGGCAAAGAUCACCCAAGUAGAGACCCAGGCCAGAGGCAGCCAAGCCGAGACCCAGGCCAGAGGCAGCCAAGCCGAGACCCAGGCCAGAGGCAGCCAAGCCGAGACCCAGGCCAGAGGCAGCCAAGCCGAGACCCAGGCCAGAGGCAGCCAAGCCGAGACCCAGGCCAGGGGCAGCCAAGCCGAGACCCAGGCCAGAGGCAGCCAAGCCGAGACCCAGGCCAGGGGCAGCCAAGCCGAGACCCAGGCCAGAGGCAGCCAAGCCGAGACCCAAGGCAGCCAAGCCGAGACCCAGGACAGAGGCAGCCAAGCCGAGACCCAGGCCAGAGGCAGCCAAGCCGAGACCCAGGCCAGAGGCAGCCAAGCCGAGACCCAGGCCAGAGGCAGCCAAGCCGAGACCCAGUCCAGAGGCAGCCAAGCCGAGACCCAGGCCAGAGGCAGCCAAGCCGAGACCCAGGCCAGGAGCAGUCAGGAGUGGACGGUCGGCUCCCGCUGCAGAGCCACAUACGCCUUAGACGGCCUCAGUUACCCUGCCGUGGUGCUGGAGGUGAGAGGACAGCGCUGCAGAGUCCGCUUUGACAACUACAACAACGAGGAGGAGGUGGAAGUGAGCAGCCUGCUGAGCUUCGACGAGCUGAACGGACCGAGCCGCUCCGGCAGGGCGACUGCUCCCUGGAAGUCGGCAUUUGGAACAACAGCCAGGAGAAGAAGAGAGGCUUUGGAGGAUGGGGACAAACGAGAGCCAGAGCGAGUGGAGAGAGACAGAGUGGACAGAUCAGAGAGGGGCAGGGACAGGAACAGGAAAGAUCCUCAACUCGGCCCAAAGCUGCCGCGGGAUCGCAGCCGCGCGCCAAGCAGAGAGGAUGAGAGGAAGUCUGCAGAGAGCAUGGCUUACUCAGUCUUCAGCUGCCCUCCUUUUCCUCCUCCUCUGCACAGCUCUGGGGACUGGUGGACCUCCAUGCCUCCGCCUCCUCUUCCUUCGUUCUUGCCGGGAUCCUCAGACGCAGGUCCGGUUCCGGAGUCACUGUCACACAUGCUGAUGAUGUGGUACAUGUGCGGCUUCCACACCGGCUCCUACCUGACGCUGCAGCAGCUCAAGUCCCCCCCCAGAGACUUGCACAAGACCGGACCGUUCUGA